GCGGCUCCGCCACCGCGGGCUUGCCGUAGCAGCGCGCAUCUUCGGCGCGCGGAUUGUUUUGAGUUCGCAGUGCAACUCGAAGGGAUUGCUUCUGUAACAACCUUUUCCCGCACGAGAUGGCUUUGUCGUUGACUAGAGAGCCGCGGAAAAAUGCCGGCAACAAGAUGUCCAAACUGCUGGACGCGGAGGAGGACGACGAUUUCUACAAAACAACCUACGGCGGAUUCAAUGACGAAUCCGGUGAUGAUGAGUUCAAGUCGGACGUGUCGGCCAGUGAGGAUGAGGUGGAUUCAGAUUUUGAUAUUGAUGAGGGUGAUGAACCGGCUAGUGACCAUGAAGAGGAUGAUGCCCCAAAGAAAAAGAGACGUGUUGUUACAAAGGCAUACAAGGAGCCCGUAAAAGUAAACAAGCCAACCAGUAAAUCAAAAACAAGGAAGUCAAGCGAUGAUGUGGAAUGGAUGCCAGCUUCUCCUGAAGACAAAAGAGACUUAUCAGAAUUGCAUAGCGAUUUCAGUGGAAGCACAGCGCGGAAGGCGAUGAGGCACUCGACAGCUGAGUGCACAAGACAGACGUACUUGCGAGUGAAGGAACGAGAGGAGCUGCCCAAGCGCCAACGGAAGAGGCAAUAUGAAGAGAGUGGCCGAGUGAGCCAGCAACAGCUGCUGGCCGAGGCCAAGAUCACCGAGGAGCUCAACCUGCGCUCCCUGGAAAACUAUGAGCGACUGGAAGCAGAUAAGAAGAAACAGGUUUUGAAGAAGCACCACUACACGGGGCCAGUGAUCCGUUACCACUCGCUUACAAUGCCACUCAUCACUGAGCUCCCCAUCAAGGAGGAGAAUGUAGAUGUGGAAGGGUUGGACCAGGAGUCGCAGCCAACAGCGGAAUCUGCACAGGUUACAAGCUCCGGAAAAUGCUCCCGAAACUUUAUCACGUUCACAGAUGAAGAGACAUUCAAUCAAAUUUUCGCGAAGCCCAAGGUGCCCCUGCGUGUGCCUGUACGGGAGAUUUGUCCUGUCACUCACAAACCAGCACUCUACCGAGAUCCCAUCACAGACAUUCCCUAUGCAAACCCGCGCGCGUUUAAGAUAAUUCGCGAGGCAUACCGUACGUAUGUGGCAACACACGGGAUGCCAGCCUCAUCGUCACAGUCUGGAGCAGGCACUACUGCUGCAAGCACUGCCACCUCCAGUCCUGCAACAUCAGCCCAGUCGACGGACAGCGGCAUACGUGCCAAGAGCAAGCCCAGCAGCAAGCCGUCUGUGUAGACUGCACUUUCAAUAAGAAGCCUCAUCAGUUGCUGCGACACUCCUCUCGCCCCAUCUCCCUGCAUAUUGUGGGUGACAAAUAAGAUAGUGGAUCUGAGGAAGCAACGAUUAUGUGUACUAUUUGGCCGGUUGCAAUCAACUUGCCAUCGGUUGGACUUGAAGCCAAUUGCUAAAUACAAAAUGUAAAUCGUGUCUGCAAAUGGAAAUGUGUACGUGUUUCGAUAGAUUUGCCAUUGCCAAAUUUGACAAGCCAAUCAUCCGCAUCGCAGUUUGUGUAUUCGUGCAAACCUUUGAAAGCAUUGUUUUAGCUCUGGGUAAAUAAUGCAAUUUUUUAUGGGGUAUUUGAAUGAAAGCUUCCUUUGUAAAUAAACAUUUUGGCCACUUGUA